AUGCACCUCAUUAGAUCCAAGUCUAUCCUUCCCCUCUCCACUCUCCUCUCAGCCGCUACCCACAUCUACGCGCAAAACCAAACCCACCUCAUCGUCCCCGCCCUCCUCACUUCGCCCCUAAACACGACCAGCAUUCAAUGCAUAAAUCUCACCCAUCCCUUCACCACAUCCUCCACUCCCGGCACCCUCGGCACCCAGGCCCUAACUCUCGCCACAACGAACACAACUUACACUGUGUUACCCCCGCGCUUCGACGGCGGGCUGCACAACGCGCCUGCCGCGCAACUUGUGCAUUUCCUCAGUGGUUUGGUACACCUUACGCUUCCGCAGGAUCCAGAGGGGCAAGAACUGUGGAUUGUGGGCGGGAAAGGGGGCUUGGUGUUUGCGGCGGAUACAGUGGGGCAAGGGCAUAAGACGAGGUAUCCGGGGGAUGAGGUGACGGUUGCGGUCGUGGCACCUUUUGAAGGGGGCAAGGUACCUGAGUAUAGUGUUGUAAAGGAGGGGGUUUGUGAGGGCCUACAGACGUUCUUGUGA